AUGGGGUGCAACAUGUGCGUGGUUCAGAAGCCUGAGGAGCAGUACAGAGUCAUGUUCCAGCUCGGUCACGCUAACAACAUGUUUUGCUCUUUUGACGCCGCCGGUCAAUUCCAGGUGAACGGAAAGGAUCUAACCCGGCUCUCCGGGGACCCCACCCUGGACAUGCGGGACCCCGUGUUGUCUAGCAUCCUGCGGCGGGGGGCCCGGAGGCGUGCGGGACUGAUGGGGGCCCCCGGCGGGCUGCUGCCGGUCACCAUGGGCAUGGCCGACUGUGUGGACAGCUGCACCCAGACGGACAUCAGCUUCCAGCAUAUGCUGACUCUGGGAAAGAGCAGCCAGCAUCCCUGUGGAGCCCCCCCACCCCCGGACUCCCCGCCGUCCCCCCCACUGCCGCCGCUGCUGGAGCCGUAUCUCUUCGAUGAACUCUUCAUCGAGCCGGUGUACUACGACCCCACUGACUACUUCGACAUCUCUCAGCAUGAAGUGGACCGACAGGACGAGCUGGAGUACGAGGAGGUGGAGCUGUAUAAAUGUCGUCAGCAGGACAAACUGGGCCUGACGGUGUGCUACAGGACCGAUGAUGAGGAGGAUCUGGGGAUAUAUGUGGGAGACGUGAACCCGAACAGCAUCGCUGCGAUAGAUGGACGCAUCCGCAAGGGAGACAGAAUCCUACAGAUAAACGGCGUGGACGUCCAGGACAGGGAGGAGGCGGUGGCCAUCCUGACCCGAGAGGACAGCACCAACGUGUCCCUGCUGCUCGCCCGGCCCGAGGUGGAGAAUGACAACCAGCUGGAUCCAGACGAUUUGGACCUGGAGCCGUUGGACAACGCUGAUCACCUACCCAGCAGAACGAGGACCUCCCUUCUGGGUUCAGCACCAGGCGGUGUCGCAGGCGGAGGUUUACUCCAACGCUCUCUGAAUCGGGACUCACCUGAUCUCCUGCAGACGGUGCUGAGCAACAGCCAGGAGCUGGACAGCGGGGUCGGUCGAACGGACGAGAGCACCCGCUACGAGGAGUCCUCAGAGCACGACCUCCUGGGAGACGACCACACCAGCGCCUCCAACACCAACGCCACAAACACCCCGGGCAGCAUGCGCAAGUUUCUCUCUGGAAGAGGGGAUACCCCGCCAUUGCUACACUCCCAAGACCUCCAGUUCAGCACGGACUCCCUCUUAGGACUGGAUUGUGGAGGAUUUGAGCAUGUGGAGCGACCUUACGUGGCCGAUCCCGUGAGGAUGAUGAUGCCCGGGCUCACCGAGGAGGAGUGUGAGCGGUACAAGGAGCUCCUGGAGAUCAAAUGUUACUACGAGAAGAACAGCAAUGCUCUGAUGCUUCUGGAGGGUCAGGGAGUUGAACAAGAGGAAGGGGAAGGUGGUGGUGGUGGGGUCUCGCUGGAUGUGAACAGGAAUGAGAGUCUGACGCAGCACGAGAUGGCCCUCUUGGAAGAGGAGCUGCGCCAUCUGGAGUUCAAGUGUCGCAACAUCCUGAGGGCGCAGAAGAUGCAGCAACUGAGGGAGCGCUGCAUGAAGGCGUGGCCGCAAGAGGACAAGAACCUGAGUGGACUGGGAGCUGCACGAUUGGACGUUAGUUUGGUCAAUGAGGAGUCCUGUCACCAUGCGCUGUCUGACAUUAACGAGCUCCCAGAGAGGGAACGCUCGGAUAAAGACAGCACGAGUGCCUACAACACGGGAGGGGAAAGCUGCAGGAGCACCCCUCUGGUCAACGAUCAGCACCCGUCACCCUCCACCCAGAGUCUGGAUGGAGGACAGCCUCUUCUCGCUGAAUCAGGUGUGCAUCUUCCAGCCUCUGCACGGCACAAAGAGAGGGGGACGAGGGGCGAGAGGGGGGACAGGACGCAAGCAAACCUCAACCAAACAUACUCCCCGCACUCCCACAGGAAGCGAGCCGACGCUAAGACACCCAGCCCUGGGGUUAAGGUCAGGUCUCUAUCCCGGGAUAGAGGAACCAGGCGAGGCUCAGAUGGAGAAGUUAGACGUAACCUGAAAGCCACAGGUGAGAGGUCUGGAGGAUAUAGUGCAGAGAACAGUCCCUACCUGUCCCGCCGCGACACAAAGCCGCAGCAGCAUUACCUGAGCUGCAUGCAGCUGAGGUCGCCCUCCGCCUCCGAGCAUCUCAUGGAGUCUUGGGGCGAUGACAGCCCGAUGAGUUUGGGUAGCACCUGUAAAGACGUCGCCCAGGUACCCUUGUCUCCUCCGCUGCUGCCGGCCUCGCCUCGCAUGGAGUGGAAGGUGAAGAUCCGCAGCGAUGGAUCUCGUUACGUGGCCAAGCGCCCGGUGAGGGAUCGCCUCCUGAAGGCCCGGGCCAUGAAGAUCCGGGAGGAGCGCAGCGGCAUGACGACGGAUGACGACGCCGUGAGCGAGAUGAAGAUGGGGCGCUACUGGAGCAAAGAGGAGCGCAAGCAGCAGCUGCAGAAAGCCCGGGAGCAGCGGCGGCGGCGAGAGUUCAUGAUGCAGAGCCGCCUGGACUGUUUGAGGGAGCGAGAUAGAGAUCAGGGUGGGGGAGGUGGAGGUGGGGGAGGACAGCAGGGGGCGAUCGAGCAGCAGGAGCCCACCUCCAUCCUGGAGCUGUGCCACCGCAGGAGCAUGAAGAAGAGGAGUCGCAGGAUCAUGGACAACUGGAUCACCAUACAGGAGCUGCUGGCCCACGGCACCAGGUCUGCGGACGGGAAGAAGGUCUACAACCCCCUGCUGUCCGUCACCACCGUCUGAGAUACGACGGGAGGCUGAGAGCAAGGGUGGGAUUCAUCUCAAUGAGUUAAUUCACGGCAACUUGACACAAUUUUGUUGUCGGAAGUGUCUUAAGAAGUAUUGACCAGUUACGUUAGAGCAAGCCUUGGUUGAAUACAGGCUAACAGUCCAUGAAAGGAGAAGAUGCUAAAUGUGUCGGUCUAAAAGGCAAUCUCGCAACCCCUAUCCGAUCCCCUAUUUGCUUGUAGUUUUUUGCCUGGAAAUCAGCUGUUGAUACUCAAACCCCCAAAAGAUAACUCCCCAGUUAGCCCAAGACACUUUUUCUAUUCAGACCGAUACCGGAUGGGUUUCGAGAUUGGCGAGAACACGAGCUGCUUCAGUAAAACUUGGCACAAUAAUGUUUCUGCAGGGAGGCAGAAAGACUUAAAACAAAGUCAAUGAUGGAAAUAUAAAAGAAGCACACAUUAGGCACCAAGCUAAACAUGUGGCAAUUGAAGGAAAGCUAAUGAGGGAAACUGCCAGAGAGUCAAAGCACACAUUUACAGUCUUGCUGAAUCAAAACUCCAGAUGCAUUACGUAAAUGCAGAUUUACAAAAGCCACAAAAUGCCCUGAAUCCAUUUCAACCGUAUGAAUGGACUCACAAUGCUUUACCUCUCACAUCUAAGGACUGUGAUCCUUUAACCUUCACAGAACCUUGUACCAGCUUUUCAGAUUUGAAUGUGACGCAGUCGAUGCACAAACCUAAACAGAGGAGGAACGACAGAGGGAAAGAUUAGCAUUUGAAACAACAUAUUCAGAGGGCUUAGAAAUCCUCACUCGAGUUCUGUCUUCCUAUCUAAAGGAGAGCUGGCACCCCCUGCUGUUCAGCCAUUAGAGGAGUGGUGCAUAAAGGUAGUCUUUGCAGGCCUCCACAUUUGUAUGAAGGGAAAUCUAAAGUGGGUCUGAGAACAAUGUGAACACAUGAUGAGUAAAAAGCCACUUCUGUGCCAUAAAACUGUACAUUUAGAGUCCAUUUGCUGAAGGACAUUUUUCAAAAGAUCAUUGUGUGUGCCGGUUGAUGUCGUUAAAUCGUUUCAUUCUUGUAGCUACAAAUGCUCCUUUGUUUUGAUACAGGACGCCAUUGUCUGACCACUAUGCUUUUUUUUUGGAUAAGCUGAGCGGUGCCUUUCCUUCAGGCAGACUUCCCUGUAGAGCACAACUUUCAAACGGUUGAGAAAAGGCUGAAGCAUGGACAAAAUGACGGACGUUUUGUUUUGGAGGACAGGCACAGUGUGUCAAACAAACAACAAGCACAGAAUACAUUUGACUUUCCAUUCUAAAAGGCUGAUCUGUACGGUGCACGACUGAGUAUACGCACUAACGGCCCAAAACAAUUCCCAUUAGGAAAACCGCACUGCACUUUGGAAAGAGAUGCAAAAACCACAAAAUUGCCAUAAAACAUGAAAUAAAGAAACAUCUUCACCAACUUGACAUCACAUGUGCAGCAUUUCGAAAACAAGUAUAUUUACUCAAGUACUGUACUGAAGUAAAGUAGAAAUAUCUCAAAAUUGUACUUCAGUAUUUCCAUUUUAUGCUUCCUGUGUACUUUUACUCCACUACAUUUAUUUAAUCCCUUUAGUUGCUAGGCAGAUUAGGAUGAAUGAUGGUAAAUAUAAUCUCCCUUAAAUCAGACUUUAGUUCCCCUGCAGUAAAUCCAGCAGCUACCCUGCAGUAUACAAAGCCAUUCAAACUAGCUGCACCUUUACCAGCUCUGAGAACACUUUAAUGAUCAAUCAUUAUAAAACAUAUCAGAGAUAUUAUUCUGAAAUGGACCAAUCAGACAAUGACUACUUUUACUGUCGCUACUUUAAGUACAUUUAGAGGAGAGUACUUUCUACUUUCACUGGAGGAACAUUUAGAAUACUUGUACUGUGACAGAGUAUUCCUACACUCUGGUACUUCUACUUUACUCAAGUACAAGAUCUGAGUACUUCUACUUUA